AUGAAGUACGAGUGCCAGAAGGAGCCGCAAUUCCAAUGUCCCUAUUGCGACAGAAAAGUCAAACUGAAAAACAACCUGUCCAAACACAUCACCAGAGUGCACUUGAAGCACAUGCAACAAGCCGGCGUGAAAUGUGAACUAAAAAUCGAAGCGACGGAGCCCAAAAUCGAGUACCCCAGUCGCAGAUUCUCUUGUUCGAAGUGCCUGCGCACGUACAAGUACAAAUACGACCUGAUCAAACAUGUCAGAAGGGAAUGCGACAAGGAACCGAGCUUGGAAUGUUCCGUGUGCAAUUACAGAACCCACAGAACCAAUACUUUGAACAACCAUUACAGAAGCAAACGGCACUUGAUCAGGCUCAGGAAUCUCGAAUUGUAAUUGGUAUUUUCGUUUGUAAAUAAAUUUGAGAAUUAGUGAGUUCUUUUUUGUAUAGUUUGUAAGUUGUUGAAGCACCAAGUUCGUGUUCUAUAGUAAAAACAUUGAAAGAACAAAACUGAAGACUUAAUAUUGAUACAAAGCGUACCGAAACUCCCAUUUAUAACGAAAAUUUCGUUCCAUUUCAGCACCAUUCACAUUAGCUAACAGGAUAAUCGCGCUGACCAGUUUGAUCGUUAAUUUGAUUUCUUUGUUUUUCAGAGUACCCGCAUUUGUG